UAAGGGCUCCUUAUAUUUUCGCGACCGCGUCUCUAUAGUGAACAUUCCAGACAGUUGCUAUGUAGCUUUGAUAUAAGAAAAUAUCUUUCUAUAGACUCAAUAAAUAAAUAUAAUAAUAAUCAUAUUUGGAUCCAGGAGAAAAUUUUACAUUGAAUAUGUUAAUUAAUUUUUUCAGAUUUUGAAGGAAUUGAAAUCGGUUAAAUGAAGAUAUUUGCAAUAACGACUACGUUAUUUUACCUGCAUUUUCUUCAGCUUCUAAGGUUGUUAGGGCCGAGUAUAGAGCUUUGAAGACCAGUACGUUUAGCUUUCGAAAACUUACAACUUACAGACUCUUCUCCAGGAGAAUUUCAAAUCUUACUUAUUAUUUCAUUGAAUCCAAUUUCUAACCUUAAAUACGCCCACAAUCAACAUAUUAUAUGCAAUUUUAUUUCGUUCUAAUGUUCCAACAGAUAUUAUGCAAGUAGAUCACACCGAUAUAUUAAACUUUAUUAAAAAUAAUGUUUUAAAAUGUCUCGAAAAUUAUCAAAUUGACAAGGAUAAAGUAUAUUGUUGUACGGUACAUACUGUCAACAACAUUGAAAAAUGCAACUACACAAUACAAAAUUUUAAUGAGGAUCAAAUAUAUGCAGUAAUGGCCGAGUUCGAGGCUAACAUAAGCGCCAGCAACUUAAUUCACUCAACUGUCAAUGAUGUUUUGGAAGGUCAAAAGCCGACAUUGAUUAAGUACAGGAAUAUAGUAGAGAAACUAUGGACAGCUUCUCCAGGCUAUCGAGAUUGUCUUCCCUUAGAUAAUGAGUCGGAUUGGCUAUCCACUUAUGAAAUGCUGAAGUCUCUGUUGGAAAUAAGAUGUUGCCUAGAAGAAGAAGUUGCUGACCAUUUGGAAAGCCAACUCGAUUGGGCCUUCAUAACUGACGUAACAAGCGCACUCGCUCCUCUCGUAAAUCUCAUUAACCAAUUAGACAAUGAGCAAUACGUUGUGGGUGACUUUUAUAGAGAUUGGUUAAAUUGUGAAAUAGAGUUGGAGGAAAUCUUAUCCAGAUCAAAAUUUGCACAGCUCUUUGUACAAACAAUGCAAACAAACAAGAAGAAGCUACUCAAAUCAAAUGCAUUUUUAACGGCUUUGUAUUUAGAUCCGCGUUUUAACUUUUGCACUUCUGUUAUGCUCACUGAGGAGCAAAAAAGCAAAGCUGAGGCAUUUUUAAAAACAGCAUACAAAGCAAUGAGUAGCUCGAGGAAAAGUCUUUCACAAACAACGAUGGACGGGCCAAGUGAAGCUAGUCUACAUGCGAUGAAAUGUGAAGAGGAACCUAAUACUUCGAAGAAAGCCUACGACAAAUUGGCUCAGCGUAUUAUGAAUUUGUCUGCCAAUAUAGGCGAAAGUGAAGAACCUCAGCGGAGUUUCAUGCAUAAAUUGAUCGGUUUGCUAUCCAACAAAACUAUGGCUCCCCUCGACACCGAUGUUCUACAAUACUGGAAGGCCAUGAGCUUUGAUGCUGAGGUUGCAGAAAUGUUGCAGUCAGCGCUCUCAGUACCAGUCACGCAAGUAACUGUUUGUAGAGCGACAAGCGCUCUGGUGAAUUCAAAGGAACAUGCCAUUAAUUAUAAUCUUUUGCUAACCAAAUAUAAUUUCCAUGAAAUAAACCAGCCAGAAGUUGAGCUAGAAGUGCCUAGGGAAGUGAUACAGGAAAUGUACUUUGAAAAAUAGUAGAUAGUUCUAAGUAUGUAUUUAUGUAUCUACAUAUCCCAUGCCGUCUUCAAAAGAGGCAGAGUUCUAAAAGUAGAUCCGAAAAUAUAACGGCUUGUGGAUGGUACCGAUUCAGCGGAAUUAAUACAAAAACAGGUAUAAAAGUAGUUUUCUAGUUUAAGAAUAUAAUCUUUAAGAAAAAUUACCAUUAAUUGGAGAUAAUUCCACGAAUAGACUUAUGCAAUAAAAUCGAUUGUUUUUCCAGUUUUGGGCCUUUUGGAGGUGGUGUGUGAUGUAAAAGUGUAGGAAAUACGAUUUUAUGAGUAAAUGCGUUUAAGUAUUUUCUUUCUUUUAAAUAGAAAACUCAUGUUAAUAACGAGCGAUUAGUGCGCAUUUAAUGUAUAAUAUCACUUAAAAAACAGACGUUUUGAAACCAUAGGUU